AUGAACUACGUGGUCACGUGGUAUGCGUUGCUAUCUCUGUUCGUUAUGGUUUCUUCAUCCACACCAGAAUUCGGAUUCCACAGUAUUUCCACACCAACUGCAGCAGCUUCCAACCCAGUUACUUCACAACACUCCAACUAUUCUACAUCGAAUACUACAGAUCCGACCUCUUCAAGCGUAUCCGGUUCAGCGUCGGGGUCCACAAAUCCGAGACAGAUUACGAUCAACUCGGCAACAACAGCAGUUAGUACAUUCAAGUCAACCUACACGAACUGGGUUGGUCCAGUGAAAAGACCAUCGGACACAGCGUGCUAUCGCGAGGCACAUAUUGGUAAAACGUGUCCACUGGGGUUUAACAGCAAAUGGGACACAUGUUGGGCGCAAUGUCCGAUGGAAUUCCCGGUCAAGUGUGGCAUGGAAUGCAUCCGACAGAACGACGACUGUAAGCUCGAGAUCGUGACCAAGACUGCGUAUGCGUUUCAAUCCGUGAUGGCUAUGUCGCUCUUUAAUGUAUAUGGAGAGUUCAAGUUGAUGGCGAAAGCUGUUCGAACUGCUUUCAGGUGCGCUAAAGAGAUGGCAAAUUUGGUCAAGCAUCUGAGCAAAUUCGUCCGCAAUAUCAUGGUAACUGACCCACAAACCACUCAAGAGAAAGCGCUGGAUGUCUUGUACCAGACGGACAACGUGGUCUUUGAUAUUCCAGUCACGGUCGCAGAAUGUAUGGGAAUCGUCGUUAAAGCUGACCCCAUCAGAUUUUACGACAAGAUCACAAACACUGGCGAGCUGAUCCUGAGGCAAGUUAUGGCCGAUAAAGAGUCAAUCCUCGAGAGUUGGGACUCGUUCAAAAACUUCAUGAAGAAAAUUGCGCUUGGAGAGUCAAUCUCAGAUUUGAAAAGCUCCGAAAUCACGUCGCUAGAGCGAGCGAUGAAGUCCAAUUCAACCUGUGGCCACGACAUGAAGCGCAUCGCCGACCGCGCCUGGAUGACUGUCUUAUCUCUUCGAAACCAAAACCCCCAAAUGUCAGAGAAUGAACUUCGCGUCUACAUGAGCAAAUCGAAUCUUGUGUUGAACGAUAUCCCGGUGGCUACGAACAAUUGCAUGGAGGAAUUGAUUGCAGAAUCGGGUGAAGCCAAAGCUUAUCAAAUUCGAAACACGUUACGAACAACGUUAGGAGUUAUCGUUGAGGAUCUUAUCAAGUCCGGGACAAGCAAUAACGGCACGUAUCUGACCGCUGAGCACUACGCGUACAAGAUUGCUGACAAGGCUGCUUCUUUCUAUGGUGUUUGGGAUAUCAAGGGCAUCGGCAAUAUGAUUGGAGAAUUCCUCCAGACAAUUUGCGGACCGACGAAGUUUAUCGGUGAAAUUGACGAUGGCCCUGCCAAUAGUUCGCUAGGAUUGAAAACGGAUGGCAAGGCGUUCAACAGAAGUUCAGGAAUCUGGACCAAGGAAGGCGAUGGGACUGUCACUUUGAUGUUCCAGAGUAGCGAUACGAAAGACGUGACUGUGAAUAUCCACUCCGGUGGCGGCAAAAUCGACGAGGUGGAUGUAUCAAGAGGUAGUUCUGCGACUUGGACCUCUAAUGUGACAACUUUGGGAGGAAAAACGUUGUAUUUGGAUCGCUGGCGACCAGGCCUGUUGGGUCUUCCUGGCACAGGAGGUGGAUCCUUGGUGCUUUGGAUUCCCCAGUCUACUGAAAGCGGUGGCCACUUGGAUCUGAAAGUAAUGUUAAAUGUUAGUUAG